ACUAUAAUUUGGUCUCCACUACUGUCUCAACGAUAUGGAGGGCCUACCUCAAGGAUUGAAACCACAGACACCAGCUGAGCCAAAUGCCGAACAAGAGGCACAGAGAGCGGCCCAGGAGGCCAUGCGGAGAGAUAUGAUUGCGACUAUUCUCGAUACUACAGCGCGUGAAAGGUUGUCUCGUAUCGCGCUGGUGAGCCCGGAACGGUCGCAGCAGAUCGAAGCUGUGUUGCUUCGGAUGGCACAGACGGGUCAACUUCGCGGAAAAGUGACUGAGUCGCAGCUGAUAGACCUCCUAGAACAGAUGGAAGAUGCGCAGUCCAAAACUAACACGAAGAAAACUACGAUCGUGUACCAACGGAGGCGGGAUUUCGAUGAUGAUGAUGAUUUUUAAUGCAUGUUGUCACUACGCAGGCCAUGUACCCUAUUAGCACCCGCCGAAGCACACUUUUGACGAGUUGCAUUGAAUAUUUGAGUGCUGAUGCUGUC